AUGCCUACAUAUCAGCUCCUGUGGGAGGCAAGAACAUGUAUGUCGGACUCGCGACGAUUAAAAGUGUUGUCUAUCUGUAGGGAACAUGCUUUCGCUUGCUACCUCAGCGGCUUCUUCUCGAGAUGCGACUCACUGUCGCUAAAUGGGCGCUGGAAAAUGAAGCGCGCCUUCCUGCAUAGCAGUACGAGCGAGGUUCAGAAGAGGCAGUUC